AUGUUCUCCAUCAAUUAUUACCUACCCUAUAUUUCUUAUAUUCCUUCAUUUUCUGUUGUCUAUCCCGUAAUCCGUAUGUUCCUCGAUCUUCUUCUGUCUAUCCUUCAACCCUUAUAUUCUCCAUCAAUUAUUACCUACCCCAUAUUUCUUAUAUUCCUCCAUUUUCUGUUGUCUAUCCCUUUUGUAUUUGCCGUUUUCCUAUUAGUUAUAUUUACUAUCUACUUUUGUCUACUUGUCUUACUCUCCAAAUCUUCUUACCAUUUUACCCUCUUUGCCUUUCUUUCUCUCCUUUCUCUCCAUUCAUAUUUUCUCGGCACUUCUCUCUUAUUUUUCUCAUUUCAUUCUUCUACUCUGCCUGUAUGCCCAUUUCGUUUUUUUGUUUGUUUUUUAUUCCUCUAUAUAUAUUUUUCUUUUAUCAACCUCUUCCUUUCCUACCUUCUCCUCUACCCGUCCCAACGGAAUAAUGAAGGACGCUGGAGCCACAUAUUUGCAAUUGUCUACAAACUGACUGAUACAUUUGAUUGGGAUCAGACAAGCAGAAUCGACGUGAAGCACUCGUCGCUUGAUGGCUGUCAUGAAGACUCAUUAGCCGACGCAAUCUAUACGUCUGCUGGUCCAUCCACUCGCCUGCCUGUCUAUCUGGGCCUUUCUUGUGUACGUCGUAUUACCUUGUUUUGCUUGUUGGGCGACAAUCACAACAUCGGUGAUAAUGAUGUCGAUGUCGAAACAGCACCUGAUAUUGAUAUAAAAAAAAGCGAAAAAAAAUAA